CUAUAUAGCAAGUUCUAAGGAAAUGAGAGAGGAGCCUUGUGUUCAAGGGUUUUUAGUCAGCUGGGAAAAAGAAAAUAAAUGAAUAACAAGGCUUAUCAGAAAUAUGCCUAGAAAAAGGGCCCGCAAAAUAACACCUUAUCAAAAUUCAGCCAAUCAAAAAGCAACAAAUAGUUGGCGCUUCAAAAUCCAGUGGCCAAAACAAUCACUAAUCCAUCCAUUUCCUUACAGUUUCCUCCCCCUUUCUCCAUCACAGACGACUUCAAAUUAAUAAGAAAAAUGUCAAUUCUUUUGAAUUGAAACAAUAAAGAUUGCUACAAAAAACCAUGAUGGCUCAUUCAUUAAGCCCCGCAGUUAUACCAAGUUCAAGCGCAAGAUCAAAGCUAACUAAUAAUAGUUAUUAUGAAUCCCAGUUGAGAUUGGGAAGAGUUUGUGCAUGCCUUCAAGUUCCACAUGAAGCUCCGCACAUCAGCAUUGCCAAUCGCAGAAGUGUUGCCCUUGGUUUGGUUGGUAUAGUGGUAGGAGUAAAUUUGGGUGACAAGAGUAAUGCAAAUGCUGCCGGAAAAAGACCGCCGCCGCCUCCUCCGAAGGAGAAAAAGGACCCAAAUGUCACCGGACUUGCAGCCAAACUGCUUGCAAGUAAGAAGAGGAAGGAAGCCAUGAUGGAGGAAGUCGCCCGGUUAAGAGAGAAAGGAAAGACCAUCGUUCCACCGCCAUCUGAAUAGUCUUUGAGAGCAUGUAACAAUUUCAUCUAUGUCAAGGACAAUUUCUUAUGUACAAUCUACAAUGUGAUAACCAAAAAAAAAAAGAAGAAGUUUUUGAAAAAUAAUUAUCGAUUGGCCUUUUUUUUUUUUGAUA